CGCCGCCCCACCGUACCGUCGCCGCCGGCGCCUCAAUCUCACGCCGCCCCACCCCCUGUAUCCGAAAAUCCCCGCCUCUCCCGAUUUGCCUCCGUCUCCGUUCCCGUUCUUCCUCGUCGGGACAUCGAGACCUUGCUGUCUCCACCCCGUCCGCAGGUCUCCGAGGACUGGUCGCAAGAUGCAGGCUUUGCUGCGGAGCGUCUGUCGAGCCGGACCCCGCGGCGCGUCUGUGAAGCUCCUGGACUGUGCACCUCCCGGGGUUGCCCAGUCGUUCGCAGAACCUCUGACUCUGAGGUCCUGCAGCUGGGUUCGUCAAAUCGUGAGUCCAAUCGUUCCACAUGAUGGUGUUCAGGCUUACGGUGUCUGCACCAAGGCUUUGGCGGUGAGGGGGUUCUCGACAGUGGGGGCUGCCGAGGCUUCUGUUGAGGAUGAAGAUUCCAGCUCUCCCAUGGUUGAGCAACCGCCACACAUCAAGUUCAAGAGGCCUGACAAGACGGCCAGGCACAUUAUGAAUAUCUUGAACAAAGAGGCAGUUGACAAAGUCCGCACGGAGAGGGAGAUUCCUGAUGUACAGCCUGGAUGUAUUGUUCAAAUGAGAGUGCAAGUUCCUGAGAACAAGCGGCGCGAGUCUACAUUGAAAGGCAUCGUCAUAGCAAGGCGCAAUGCUGGGAUCGCUACAACUUUCAGAUUGCGUAGAUUAGUAGCUGGCGUGGGAGUUGAGUCCGUCUUUCCACUGUACUCCCCAAACAUCAAAGAAAUCAAGAUCCUAGACAGGAAGAAAGUCAGGAGAGCAAAGCUGUACUAUCUGAGGGACAGAAUGAAUGCGCUUAAGAAAUAAAACCACAUCAGUUUGGUUUUUACCAGUUUGCUUCUGAUGCGGAUCUGCACGGCCUGUGUCGUCAUAGUGCCUGCAGUUUGAGCAGCCCGGUGCUUAGUUUCAGCUCCUAAAACUACUGUUUCCGGUCACCAUGCUUGGUUUUUGGAUCAAAGUGGUAGCAGAAAUUCUGAUUCUGUUAUUUGGAUUUAACCGUGUGGAUCCGUGCUAUUUUGUGUUCUGUAGCAGUCAGUGUACGAGAAAGAAAUAAAAACCCUCGUAUCUCUACUAUUUUGUGCUUUGUAGCAGUCAGUGUACUACUAUAUUUGCCUGUAUUGGUAAGAUAGAAAAGGUUGAGCUCAAAGAUGUUUCCCACUCGA